AUGCACAAUGGUGGUGCGAAUAUCCUCAAUAUGAAUAUUCAUGAUGAUUUACCGUCAAACCUUCAUGCUCAUCAUAUUUAUAAUCAUCAUCACGCUCAUGCUCAUCCUUCUCAUCCUCCUCCUCCUCCUCAUCACCAUCAUCAGCAACACCACCAGCAACAACAACACCAUCAUGCUGGUCCACAUCAACCAUCGUCUAAUAUGAAUAUGACAGCAGCACAGCAGCAACAAGCAUCUUUAUCAGAAUAUUAUCAGAGUAUGGCACCAGCUUAUCAACAACAAGUACAUAAUAAUGCAUCACAGUUUAUGGAGGCUGAUGCACCAAAUAGUCCUUAUAUUGGACAAGCACCGCAGCAUAUGUCAGCUGCAGCAGGACAGCCACCACCACCACCACCACCAUCGCAACACAAUCAUGUUAUUAUGAGGUACAGGCAUGUCACACCACUGGGGCCAGCAGGACCACACCAACCACCUAUGGGACCGCAAGCUCAACUUGAAUUUAGGUUGCAUGAAAUGAAUCGAAGGUUAUUCAUCUUCAGUAAUAGUGGGAUUCAAGAAAAAGAUUAUGCACAGUGGUGGGACGCGUAUACACAUGAAUUCUUUGAUGACGAUGCUAAAAUGAAUUUUUUAAUUUUCGAUGAUCAAAAUCCUUCUCAUCAUCGUUUCUCAAUUGGUCGAAUGUUAAUACCGCGAUAUUAUCGCUCCAUAUUUGAAAGUGGUGUUAAAGAAAUGUUUUACGUUAUACGAACACCGACUCGUGAACAAGUUGCGGCACCAUGGUCAAUGUUACUUGAAUGUGAUAAUAUAUUAUUGGUAUCAAAACAUGAUAAACCUGUUCCUUCUGAGGUUCAUACUGAAUGUAAAUUAUUAUGUGAAUUUGUUUUCGAUGAGACCUAUGGUUAUCGAAUUCGUCAGUGGAAUAUCGAAUUUCGACAUUGUCAAGAAUUCGUAAUAAGAGAUAUUAAUAUGUUACAAGAUAGUGAAAUGCAAGAAAAAUUAAAGAUUAGCAUUACACGAUCAGGCAUGACACAAAUCACUUUAAAUUAUUUAAAACUUUGUGCAAUUUUGGAACCAAUGCAAAUACUUAUGAGCUCGAGCAAAUCGCAUAAUAUAACACCUCGUGAAACGCUUAAGCAGACUUUAUUUCAAGCUCAUGCGAAACUUCAACAAUUUCAACAUCAGCAACAACAGCAGCAGCAGCAAAUGGCUAUGAAUUCUAUUGGCGGGAUGAAUGGACCGCAUGUCAUGCCUCAGGCUUCCAUCGAAGAACCAAUUUCUAAAAAACCAAGAAAGCGGACUCGAAAAGCAGCUGCAGGCAAUUCUGCCAAUGCUGGUGCAAAAAAGAAAAAUAGUUCUCCACCAGCUCCUAACGCUCCGGCAUUUCCUAUUAGUUCACAUUUCCCGAUUCAAUAUCAAGAUGUAAUGGUUGUUGGCGAACCAUCUAUGAUGGGUGGUGAAUAUGGUGAAGAAGAUGAAAGGACCAUUUCUCGUGUAGAAAAUACUCAAUUUGACCCGAAUGCGUUACAGAAUCAGAUUCCGAGUAUGAAUCAACCUAUGUCGGCAGCAUCUAUGCCUUUAGGAGGUCCUGCACCACAGGUAUAUCUGAAUGAUUUUGAAUUAUCUUCCAUUGGUGGUUGGGGAAGUGUUGGAACAACAAAUCAGCAGUCUUCUUCACUUCCACCGUCGUCAACGUGCGUUAAUACACCAAUCGGUAAUAAUAAUUCUGUUACCUCUUGCGGUCCUUCUUCUUAA